AUGGACGGUGGCGCGGGUCAACCGGCGUCUGAUACCGAGAUGACGGAAGCUGCCGGAGGUGUUCCCGCCGCGGCUCCAUCUCACCCGUCGCCUCAGAUGCCGGGUGUUGAGAAUAUUCCGGCGACUCUUAGCCACGGCGGUAGGUUUAUCCAGUAUAAUAUAUUCGGGAACAUCUUCGAGGUCACCGCUAAGUAUAAGCCUCCGAUCAUGCCUAUUGGCAAGGGUGCUUAUGGCAUCGUUUGUUCGGCUAUGAACUCUGAAACAAACGAGAGCGUUGCAAUUAAGAAAAUCGCAAACGCGUUCGACAAUAAGAUUGAUGCAAAGAGGACUCUCCGUGAGAUCAAGCUGCUUCGCCACAUGGAUCAUGAAAAUUAUUUUCUUUACCAGAUCCUCCGUGGGUUGAAAUACAUUCAUUCCGCAAAUGUGCUUCACCGUGAUUUGAAACCGAGCAAUCUCCUUCUAAACGCAAACUGCGACUUGAAAAUCUGCGAUUUCGGGCUAGCUAGAGUCACUUCCGAGAGCGAUUUCAUGACUGAGUAUGUUGUCACGAGGUGGUACCGUGCACCAGAGCUGCUCUUAAACUCCUCUGAUUAUACUGCAGCUAUCGAUGUUUGGUCUGUUGGUUGUAUUUUCAUGGAGUUAAUGGACCGCAAGCCACUCUUCCCUGGCCGAGAUCAUGUUCAUCAGCUUCGCUUGCUCAUGGAGCUCAUAGGAACUCCAUCAGAAGAAGAGCUCGAGUUCUUGAACGAGAAUGCAAAGCGAUACAUAAGACAACUUCCACCGUAUCCUCGCCAAUCCAUCACUGAUAAGUUCCCGACGGUGCAUCCUUUAGCGAUAGAUCUUAUCGAGAAGAUGCUAACAUUUGAUCCUAGACGGAGAAUCACAGUUUUAGACGCCCUGGCACAUCCAUACCUGAACUCGCUGCACGACAUCAGCGAUGAGCCAGAGUGCACGAUACCUUUCAACUUUGAUUUUGAGCAACACGCGCUCUCAGAGGAGCAGAUGAAGGAGCUUAUCUACCGCGAGGCGCUCGCUUUCAAUCCAGAAUAUCAGCAAUAG